AGUUUGUACCCGAGAUGCCAUUAGGUUAAUGUAAAAUGGCUGACGUUCACGAUAUCAGUUUUACUAUGUGUUUUUCUUAGUGUAUGCUGUAUUUACAAAUAUUGGAGAGCUUCGUGUGUGUAACAGUUGAGAAACUAACUAAAUGCAAAUUGUGUUUUACGGAUUUAUUAGGUUUUGGAUGCGGAUAACUGUAGAAAUCAGUUUCGUGUUGGUGAUGCGAUACCCAGCACAUGCGGGCCACGUAAUACACGGUGGCAAUCGAUUAUAGACGAGAGCAGAAGACAGCUCCAUUAGUUUGUUACCAAAACAUUAGGAGAGGAGAGGAGAGGGAGACCGGCAAAAGUGGCCGGUGGCAUGAAAUCGGAUUCAAAGUCCGACGGCGGAGGCGGCGAUAUGGGAGACAGACGAGUGAGUAUCGGCGACGACGACAGGCGCGAACGAGACAGGGACCGUGAUGCCAGGGAUCACCGUGACUCCGGCGGAGGGCUCGGCGGUCGCAGACGCGGUGAAGAUAGGGGCUCAGACGGAGAUGCAUCUGGUGGAGAGGAGAGCAGCGUGUGCCGCGAUUUCCUGCGUUCGAACUGCAGGCGCGGGCGGCGCUGCCGGUAUAUCCAUCCCGAAGGGAAGGAAGGGGAAGAAGCCGACAACGGCUCCCGUCAGUUCGUCUUCUGCCGAGACUACCAGAAUUCGACCUGCCGGCGAGCAGGUUGUCGUUUUGUGCACUGUUCGCGAGAGGACGAGGCGACGUACCGGAUGACGGGCAUGCUUCCACCGCACGUGUUGGAGGCAGCUAUCAUGCAGGGCAAGACGGGCGGCUUACCUACGCUGUCACGCCCCGGGGAGGCCCCCGUGUGCCGUGAUUAUCUUAAAGGAGAGUGUCGCCGCGGACCGCAGGCCUGCCGGUUCCGUCACCUGUCUGUGCGCGAGUACCAGGAGGAGCUGGGAUACGUGAGCCAGGUGGCGGCGGCGAGCUCUCCCGCGGCGGCCGCCAUGGUCGCGGCAGCCAUGCAGCAGCAGCAGCAGCAACAGCAGCAGCAGGCGAGCACACUGCACCACCAGGCGAGUGCCACCGGGACGGCCGCCGCCGGCAACGGGACGGCGGCAGCCGCCGCCGCGGCGGCUGCGGCCGCGGCUGCCGGGGGUGUGGGGGCGAUGCAGGGCUCGGUCGCGGCGCACCCCGGCACCGUGGCCGCCAUGUCGGCCGCGGCGGCAGCUGCCGCCGCCGCGCACCACCCCGCGCUCGCCGCUUACCACCACUUGGGGCAGCCGCCGCCCCCUCCGCCGUGGCAGGUGGGUGCUGUCGGCGAUAUCGCCAAUGGCACUGCGCAACACUACGCUGCCGUCGCACCCGAGCAGUACUUGAGGUUCGAUUUCCCGCCACCGAUGCAGCAGCCACCUCCGCCGCCGCCUUCACUGUGUGUUGGCUACGAGCCGGAGCCGAAGCGUAGCCGCAUGGACCACGCCGGCACUGCUGCUGCUGGCGGGGAGGCUGCCCGCAUUUAUGUGUUGGAGGAAGAGAAUGCCAUGCUCCACAAGAAGCUUGACGAUCUUAAAAAGCAGGUGCAGGACCUGACGGCGACGAACGAGUUCCUGCUGGACCAGAAUGCGCAGCUGCGCAUGGCGAGCAAGCGGCAGGUGGUGCCCGCGGUGAGCAUGACGAGCACCGUGCCCGGGGCAGGCCCCACUCUGCAGGACCGUUCUGUGUUGUUCCGAAUCAAGGUUCUGCUUAGCCAGCUGUGCCUGUUAGCAAACCAGGAGCAGCCCGGGGCGGGUGCACAGCCGCAGCCGCCGCCACCGCCGGGAGCCCCCGCCCCGCAGCCGCAGGCACCGCCUCCGCCCCCGCAGACACCCGCCAUGUCGAUGGCCGCUGCCGGAGCUGCGGCGAGUGCCCCGCUGGUGUCUUACCCGAUGGUGGGGCAGGACCUGCGCCCCGUGCUGCCGACUGGCCUCUCCCACUGAGGGGGUCUACUUCACACUGUGAACUAAAAUUCCGUCACGACUCUAGUGCAAUUUUUAUGUGCUGAUUUUGUGUGUUGAUUUCUUUUUGGUUAAGAAAUCUUUUCCUGAAAUUCUGAUUGGAGAUAGUCAAACCUAUGAAAUAGUUUUUCCAGUAAAUUUUGCCAAGUGUCAUUUUCCACAGAGAAAGCGAUUGGACAAAUAUUUGUACCUGGCAACAGUUAAGGUGUCCAAAACGUGUACAGUGAUAUAAUGUACGCUGCGACUUCGUACUGUGCGGUGGAUCUGACAGCGGCUCGCUCUGAGCACUAUUUGACCCUACCUUUUACGAUUGUCGUAAAGCACGUACUCUGUCUUGUAUCUGAGUUUUCUCCGUCAUAUGUACAGUUUACUUACCUAUUUCCAUUGGCUAUUCUGUGUUUUAGUCAUUUCAGUAGCUGACUCGAAGAGCUGUAGGUAGCUGUGUGAUCGACUACUGGUGUGUAUAAGUAUUUUGGUGAUUGGUCUUUUUCACGUAGAAAUCUGUUUCCUAAUUGUGAAACAACUAUUGUCAAUUAAACAGAAAAUGUAUCUUUUACUUUUAUUGAUUUUUGUAAAUACAAAUUUGGUGUGUUAUAGUUAUGGAAUGUGUAAUGUGAAACUGAAUAUUGUUACAUAAAAUCAAGUUUUUGAUUUUCCAAAUGCUGCAAAAGAUUCCACCUGCAGAAAGAAUUUCUGCUCUCGAAUUUAAAAAUUUAAUCACGUGUAACUGAAUUGGACAUCAGUCCCGUACAGCUCUGUAGUGUAAGUAAAGUAGCACGAUAGCAUAGCUUCCGAUGUGUUACUUUGAAUUUAAUUACAGGAAAAGAAUUUCUUGUUGUGAAUUGAAAUAUUGUCUCUUGAGUUAGGGAGCCUGGCACGAGAUUGUACAAGAUUGUGAAAUCUUGGAUUGUCAGAUUCGACAAUUACAAAAAAUGCGUAUUGUGUAUGGUACAAAACAUUACACAAAUUACUGUGAAAUAAUUACAGAAAAUGGAGCCAAGAGUAAGAAAGAUGACUAGAUGCUAAGCACUUGCAAAUUAACAUGUACAAAAGAAUAGAGACUACAAUGUUAUCAGUCCCUUCAUCUUUGUCUGGAAAGAGUGUGACUGAAUGGAAUGAGACUUAUGGAUACACAGUGGUCUCACAUUAGCCUUAAAAUUCUCUCUCAAUCCCAUAUGUGGCAGCAAAUCAGUCCCAGGUUCCGAUAGAUUCUGUUAUGUCCCUAUUUGAUUCUGGAGACUGUUAUUUUUCUGAAAAUUCAGAACUGCUCACAUAAUACAAGAAACACUUAUUCACUGAUUCUACCAGUAUUUCUGCAUUUGUUUUCUAGUUAUAUCACUGAUAGCGGUAUUCUGUUUACACUUAAAUUUUUCUGCUGUGUGUUGAAUGAAAAACGGAUGUGGCUUCACAUGAGUAUAUGCUCAGCUCACUUCCAGUACUGCAAAGUUCCAUUCUAUUAAGGAAGUUGCCAGUGAUUAAAAUUGGUAUUACCAAAGAUGUUUUUGAUUUUGAAGAAUGUUUCAUAUUUGUUGUAUUUGAGUCAAUAUUUUGAGAGGUCUGUUUAAAGGAAAUGGGACCAGUUCUUAACACCGGUUAAGAACUUGCUCAUUUGAAAAACGUGUGGACGUUGACAAAACGUUUACAAAUGGGAAAUUUGCUGUGCGAAGUCUUGGGCUAGGGAGACAGUUUCAGAUUGUAAGUCUGCUUGUGACAGAAGCUAUGUAACUUAGUUUGUAGGUAACAUUUUUCAUAUUAUACACAGCAGAAAACUGUUCUUUCUUUUUUAAAUUUAUUUUUAACAGUGCAUCACAAACUGUUAAUUGUUCUAAUUAAUCACACCAAAAGCAGCUUUUCAGUGGUUUAGGAUAUUUCUAUGACACGGGAAGAGUCUUUUAGGUUUUUCCCACUAAGAAAUAUCAUUAAUCUGAGUGCUUCAUCAAAAGAAAUACAUUUGUUAGUGAUGUCACUGCGAGGAAUUUUCCCAUGCUGCUGACACAGAGAACAGGGUUCCCAGAUUGGCAAUCUGGUUGGUUCAUAGCAAGAAACAUGUACGGGAUUGAACAGGAAAGACAGUAUCAAAUUGUGUGUUUGAUGGUUUGUUGCAAUUGAUCUGUUGAUAUAUUUGAAACCUUAAAGUUCUAGAGCUAUUGCUCUUAACAGAGUUGACUAUCUCUGUCACACUGUGUCUCCAUUUGCGAUUAUCAGAUGAAAGAUAGAGGAAGAGGUAUUUUGCAGUGAAAUGUAGUUGAGAGCUUUGGUGGGUUUUGUUGAAACAAAUUUUAUUUUCCUCACUGUGAAAUGAUUUUGUUGUAGAAGAAUUGUUUUAUUGAAUAGUCCUUAUAAUGUACAUAAGUUUCUACAAGCACUAAUUGUGGAGUAUAUUUUAAUUUUGUACUGAUAUUGUAUUCCAUGCGCUGUCCUCUGAAAUAUGUAUUAUGAUUUAAUUUUUGUUGAAGUUGUGUUUUUAUUUUCAUUUGUCAUACAUAAUGGUUUUUAUUGGUCUUACACGUAUUUGUACAUACAUUUUACAUUGUGGUUGACUAUAUUGCACGCGAGAGCUGUGGAAGGUGACACAGUAUUGGACACUUUACUUUCCUUUACUGUUAUUAACUGUCUGCUACAGAAUUUUGGAAUGAGUUUUUUUCUAUUUCUUAAAAGAAAGUCUCAUUUAUACAGUGUUUUUCUCAGGUGGAACUGUUCCUUUUGUGAUCCGUUUUGUGUGUAUGCCCUCCAUCAUGUCCCAGUGCUAUUUCUGGGAUCUUAAUUUGUACAGGAAUACAGAUAUAAGAUUUUUUUUUUUUUGAGAAUUCUCUUUUUGCUAGCUGUUUGAAUCAUCCAGUGUCAUAACUGUCACAUUUACACUUGGCAGUAUAUAUAGGGAUUCCAUUUGAUGCUGCAAAUAAUGUUCUGUAGCUCUGUGGUUUGGCACAGUAUAUUAUGUAAAUAAUUCUUAAUAAAAAUGAAAUUGUGGUAAAAUGAUCGGAACAUAUUUGAUGUGCAGUGCAUAUUUAUUGCUCUCUCUGCAGUAUAAUUUCCCCUCCUCUUAUAGGCAUGGUUUCAUUUAGUGCCCUCUAUGUGAUAGUUUUGUAUUGUUUCUUAGAAACUGCUAGGAAAAUUUGACAAGAGGUCAUAGAUAUAUUUUAUUGUACAUUUGUGUAUGACAAUCUCUGUAACACUUUGAAUGACUAUUAACAGAUUAACAACUGCGUGUGAUAUAACAAAAAUAUAAAUAGUAAGUAAAUGUAGAAAGUAACUGUCCAUUGAGUGUUUCAAGCACAUAUUUGGACUCUGCUGCUCUGUCUUUACUGUGUUGGUGUUGCAGAAUGUCUGAAGAAAGUAGAUACCAUUUCCAAUUAAAGUGUAAUAAGAUCUUUCAACUGUAAUCAGAUCUGGAGAAGGGUGUAUGCAGUUUCCCCAGUGUCACAUUUUUUUCAAACUCUGUGUUCACAUUAAUAAAGCUAGAAGAAAACGAAAACUGAUAAAAGAAGAUGGGGAUAGAUGUUAGGGAGGGAGGGGUGAAUAUUCAUUUGUUCUUGGUGAAAUGGAUUCUCUGUACUUGGAAAAACUGAUAGUAAUUAAGUCUGUCUGUAUUCUAAAAAAUCCAGUUUUUAAAUAUGUUGUCUAUGUAAUUUCCUGUCAUCAUUUUUAUAAAUGCUCAGUUAAAUACAAAAUGUAACAACUGUUGCUGCAAGCCCUUAGAAGUUGUGUAUCUUUUAAUUAUGCCAACACUGAUAAGCCUCUACGGUCUUCAGUUAUGACAGUUUGACUGUUAAAAUAGAGGCAUGUAAUGUGAGACAUGCCACUGGAGGCAGCUCUGUCAUUAAUCUCAACAGUUCUGUUCAGAAUACUGACAGAAGAGAGAGACUUUUCAUGUAAUAAUAUUUUGUGUGUGUGUGUGUGUGUGUGUGUGUGUGUGUGUGUGUGUGUGUGGUUUUGCAGUAUCAGGGUUCUUAAUAAGAUUAGCUUAGAAUUAUGGAAAUUUAAAGUUAAAUAUAUGACAUUCUGGGAUGUACAUGUUUUGCUUCUUUGCUUUUCUUGUCUCAUGUGUGUUAAAAAAGUAGAGAUUCAAUUAUACAUCAUUGCUGUAACCAAGUAUAAUAAACAUAAUUUUACGUUC